UGUAAACACACAGGCGUUUCACUCCGAUAUCUGCGUUCACUUUCGCUACCUUCUUGUGUUCUACUUGACAGAUCAUAACAUCAGAGUUUUGACUGAAUUGUGUUUGUGUGUGCGUGUGUGUGUUUGUUUGUCUCGCUGGCUGCUGGGAAGCACAGCCAUGCGCGGCUAUGUGCGGAGCUCCAGGGCUCUGUCCCCUGUACUGCUCCCCCGGCUGCUGCUGUCCGAUGCGUGUACUGGGGGUACAAUGUCCCCCCGCCGGGGCUUCGGGACCUCUCCAAGGUGUUGGGCCAUCACUGCAGACAACCAGCCUCUCCCUCUGCCCAGCCAAGCCCGAGUGGUCAUCUGUGGAGGGGGCAUUGUGGGCACAUCGGUUGCCUACCACCUGGCGAAGCUGGGCUGGAAUGAUGUCGUUCUGUUGGAACAGGGCAGGCUUGGUGCAGGUACCACACGGCUAUGUGCUGGUAUUGUCAGUGUCGCCAAGCCUAUCUCUAUUGAAUGCCGAAUGGCCGACUACUCCAACUCUCUGUACCAACGGUUGGAGGAGGAGACGGGGGUCAAGACAGGUUACGUGAGGACAGGCUCCCUCUGUCUUGCCCAGAAUCAAGACCGCUUUCUCUCUCUGAAGCGCCUGGCAUCCAGGCUAAAAGUAAUGGGGAUUAGCUGCAACAUCAUUAAGCCUAAGGAGAUAGCUAAGCUCCACCCACUGGUUAACAUCCAUGAUCUGGUGGGGGCGCUCCACCUCCCUGGAGAUGCCAUGGUUUCUCCUCCUGAUGUGAACCAUGCUCUGGCAGUGGCCGCUGCGGGACAAGGGGUCCAGAUUCUGGAGCGGACCAGUGUCCAACAGGUUUUGGUGGAGAAGGGCCAUGUGACAGCUGUGGAAUCUGAUCGGGGAUCCAUUGAGUGUGAAUACUUUGUCAGCUGUGCUGGACAGUGGGCUUAUGAGCUCGGCCAGGCUAGUGAGCUGAAGGUGUCGGUUCCUCUGCACGGCUGUGAACACUUCUACCUUCUCACCAAACCUCUCCAGGAACCCCUCCCACCCAGCACACCAGUGGUCAUGGAUAUGGAUGGAAGGAUCUAUGUGCGUCCUUGGCAGGGAGGCUUGCUGUCAGGUGGCUUUGAGAAGAACCCCAAACCCAUCUUUACAGAGGGCCGGAAUCAGCUGGAAAUCCAAAACAUGCAGGAGGACUGGGACCACUUUGAGCCCAUGCUCAACGCACUAUUGAGAAGGAUGCCCAGUUUGGAGUCGGCAGAGAUCCACCAGCUGGUCAACUGUCCUGAGUCCUUCACCCCAGACAUGCGCUGUUUGAUGGGAGAGACCCCAGGAGUCCAUGGCUACUAUGUCCUGGCCGGGAUGAACUCUUCUGGCCUGUCCUUUGCUGGAGGGGCUGGCAAGUACUUGGCAGAAUGGAUGACCUAUGGCUACCCCACAGCCAACGUCUGGCCACUGGACAUCAAACGCUUUGGUAACCUGCAGAGCAGCCGCACCUUCCUUAGACACCGUGUGAUGGAAGUCAUGCCUCUGCUGUAUGAGCUGAAGGUUCCUCGCUGGGAUUUUCAGACGGGGCGUCAGUUAAGGACCAGUCCUCUUUAUGACCGGCUGGACACCCAGGGAGCUCGCUGGAUGGAGAAACACGGCUUUGAGAGGGCAAAAUACUUUGUCCCUGCUGGGAAAGAUCUGCUGUCUUUGGACCAGAGUAAGACCUUCUAUAAGCCUGACUGGUUUGACAUCGUCGGAGCGGAGGUGAAGUGCUGCAAGGAGGCCGUCUGUGUGAUCGACAUGUCCUCCUUCACCAAAUUUGAGCUGAGUUCGAUGGGAGACCAGGCAUUGGAGCUGCUACAGCACCUGUGUGCCAAUGACCUGGACGUUCCGGUGGGACACAUCGUCCACACAGGCAUGCUGAAUGAGAGGGGUGGUUAUGAGAAUGACUGCAGCGUUGUCCGACUCAGUAAGAACAGUUUCUUCAUUAUUUCUCCUACUGAUCAGCAGGUUCACUGUUGGUCCUGGAUCAAGAAAUACAUGCCCGAUGACCCGCACCUUCACCUAGAGGAUGUCAGUUGGAAAUACACAGCUUUGAAUCUGAUUGGCCCUCGUUCCAUGGAUGUCCUUGCUGAGCUGUCCUAUGUGUCCAUGACACCUGACCACUUCCCCUCAAUGUUCUGUAAGGAGAUGAGCGUGGGUUAUGCCAACGGGAUACGAGUGAUGAGCAUGACUCACACUGGGGAGCCAGGCUUCAUGCUAUACAUUCCUAUAGAGUAUGCACUGCAUGUGUACAAUGAGGUGAUGUCGGUGGGUCAGAAGUAUGGGAUCCGUAAUGCAGGCUAUUAUGCCCUGCGCAGCCUCCGCAUUGAGAAGUUCUUUGCCUUCUGGGGUCAAGACCUGGAUGCCUUCACCACUCCACUUGAGUGUGGGCGAGAGUUCAGGGUCAAGUUUGACAAGGACACAGACUUCCUGGGUCGUGAGGCCUUGCUGCAGCAGCGUCAGGAUGGUGUGUCUCGGCGCUUCGUCAUGCUGGUUCUGGAGGACCAUGACACUGAGCUAGACCUGUGGCCCUGGUGGGGAGAGCCCAUCUAUCGCAAUGGUGAGUUGGCAGGCACCACCACCAGCAGCGCCUACAGCUACACUCUGGAGCGCCACGUCUGCCUCGGCUUCGUGUCUCCACCACCAGGCCCUGAUGGGCUCCCCACUCCCAUUACCGCAGACUUCAUCAACCGUGGGGAUUAUGAGGUAGACAUUGCUGGCCAGCGCUACCCAGCCAAAGCCAAGCUCUACCCCUUCAGUUCCCUCUUCACCCAACAGAAACGCCGCAAGGACGACCUGGAGCUAAGUACCCUCAAUGGGAAGUGAGGUUACUCCGCUUUUACCAAAUCCACUCCUGCACCUAACCUGUUCCCUCCUCUGCUCAUGUAUCUUCUUUUACCACCCAGUGCCAACCCGUCUCUCCAUUUCUAGGUGCUGAGCAUUGGGCUGUAUGCACAAUCAGUCUUCAAUCCUAUUUCUUUUUUCUAGUAUUCAACUGCAAAAUCCCAUCUCCCCCCUUUUAAAAGUGCAAUAUAUACGAAAUGCCAAAUUCUACAUCUAUGUCGCCUUUAGAGCUUUUCCCUGAUCAGGGUUAAACUAAACCCCAUAAAAAGAUAGCUGUAGACAUUAAAAAAAAAAAACAACAACAAACAAAAAAAAAACAACCUGUGUUUAUACUGAACAGUUGAUUGACGUGUAUGGCCUGUUUCAACCCAAACUUCAUAAUUUUCACAGUCUCUGGGAGCUGCCCAGCAUAGCCACAAUCUGCUGUUUUGCACUGGGCUCCUUAAUAGAACAGUGGGAGUUAAGUGCCUUUUUUAAGGGCAACACUAGCUGUCAAGGAAGUGGGGGGCUGUUUCAAUUUCAUUGUGGUUUUAGUGUUAGUUGAAGUUUUCAAAACUUUCAGCCUUCUAGUGACAAGUCCAUACCCCAUCAGGUUUCUAACACACUGGGGAAAAUGUUGUUCAGUCCCUCAAAACACAUAUUCCUAAUAAAAAACACUAUACACCUGUAUAGUUAAUGCCCCACCUUUAUUUCACACAUUAUGUUUAUUGUUUGAGGAUUAUGUCCAGUUACAGAGCAGACUUGCAUAAUUUGGGCACCUUUCCAGCUAUUAUCAGCAUAUACGUCAUAUCAGAGCCUGAAAACAAUUUUCACAUCCAGUCAAGAAAGUCACGUCUGGAAAUGUGAGAUUUUGAGAUGUACAGUCAUUUAGGUGAUCCGAUAUAGUUUAUCAUGGUCUCCAGUGCUUCUUUUUUUUAAACACUCCACAUCCACAGUGAUGGGCAGAGAGCCUCCUCAGGGCUGACUGUCUCAACCAGGGCCAUCACUUUUUACAAGACAUAUCUAUUAAUUACCAAGUCCCAAGAAUGACCAUUAGUUUGGUUAGUCCUUGUCUCCAACUCCCUGCUCUUCUGAGGCAAUCACAUUAUCUUGAGUGUGAUGAUCCUGUAACACACUAAAAUGUGGUAAUCUUUCCCAUUAUUUAUGUUUUUGAUGGUUUUUGUCAAAGCGACUGUGUUUUGUGUGUGUGUGUUUGUGUGUGUGUGAAGGCAAUAUUUGGCAUAUUGUAGAUAUAGAGGCAGAUUGUACAACAGCUCUCUUAAGAAAAAGAGGCUGUGACCACACACUUCAGAGGAAUGUCACCUGUUCGAGCCUACAUCUGUAUCAGUGGUGUGGAUUUAAUCUGUCUGCCCCCAACAGAUCUGACCCCUGUCUGUCUGGAUGUCACUGUAAAGAUAAAGGUGUUGAGUAAGACAUGAAAUAAAGCUAUGUAUUUUUGUAUGGAUGGUGUGUACAAAAUCUUCUGUUUUGAGUACCACAUAUUUUUGUACUUGGCUUCCAGUUCUUGUGGUUUCUCAUCUGUAACAAUUUUAUUUAGCGUUAACUCUUUCAGUUUAAAGGUACUGACUCCAUUCAUUAGCCUUUUUUUUUUUUUUAUCCUCCCGUUCUCCCCAAUUGUAUCCAGUCAAUUACCCCACUCGUCCAAGCUGUCGCGGUCACUGCUCCACCCCCUCUGCUGAUCCGGGGAGGGCUGCAGACUACCACAAGCUUCCUCUGAUCCAUGUGGAGUCACCAGCCGCUUCUUUUCAUCUGACUGAGGAAUUUCGCCAGGGGGACAUAGCAUGGGGAGGAUCACGCUAUUCCCCCCAGUCCCCCCCCCCACCGAACAGGCGCCCCGACCGACCAACUAGUGCAGCGACCAGAACACAUACCCACAUCCGGCUUCCCACCCGCAGACACGGCCAAUUGUGUCUGUAGGGACGCUCGACCAAGCCAGAAGCAAUAUGGGGAUUCGGACCGGCGAUCCCCAUGUUGGUAGGCAACGGAAUAGAUCGCCACACCACCCAGAUGCCCUAGCCAUGUUUUUUUAGUAACACAAAUCACAAAAUAUGUUAUUGAAGAGACAACAGAAAGCACUUAAAAGCAGAAAGAACCUCUCUGCUUAUGAAAGACUGGGAGAUCCUUACAGAAUUGGAAAGUCCAGACUGGUCUUCGGAGAUCAGCUUUAAGCUCCCAGUAGACCAGGGUUUUGUUAGCCUGCGUUUUUGGUUUUAUUAGUGUUCAGGGAUCCUAUUUUAUGCAAUUUCGAAACAAUUUGCAAAUAAGGACAAAUUUGAUAAUUUCUCUAAAUGUGGUAAUCACUAAAUCAGACUUGUGACAAUGCUGAGAGAGUCCAGAUAUACACGUUACGAAACAUUUCACAGUAUCAUUCAUCUUCAUUUCACAUGCUUUAAGAUUCUUUUUUUGUUGUUGCACAAAAUAGUAUUAAGUUAGGGUGAUAUGUCGACAUCCAUGUUGCUCAGACAAUGUCUGCAUAUGUAUUGAAACAUCAAGCAAAGCGUGCAAAUCCAGAAACUAUAAAAUACCUGGAGUUUUAAAGAAGACGUGUGGGAACUUAGAUGUUUGACUAAUGUGUACUUGUUGGCUGGUAGUGUGGAAGUUAAAACCAGGCAGCGAACUUGAUGCCUUUCCACUUGUUCGAAUCUGCAUUGCUGUAACUGCAUAGUGCAGUUUAAAGGGCCCAGGGUAAUGGGACUGCAACAUUUCCAAUUAGCAUAUUAAUUUAAAUAUCGCCAUACUCCAUGUUGUUAUGAAAUGUGUGUGUAUAAACAACUAACGCAUGCAGGCUGAUGGCUAUUUCAAAACAAACAGUGCAAAUAUCUCAGUCUACAACACAGCAGCACCUGACUUGGCAGUACUGUUGCAUACUUUGUGAAAAGGUUACGUGAUUAUUUCACUGAAUAUUGGGAUUGUUAUGUGUUAUUCAUAUGGACACAACUUUGGAGUCAGUGCUGUGAAAAUGUUUAGAAGAAUAUAUGUGUGGGAUACGAAGUUAUGGCUCAGGACUUUCUCAAUUUGAAAAAAAUGAAACUUUUUAACCCGAGGAGGCAGGCUGAAACACCUCUCACACUAUGGAAACACUGCAGCCCACUGGUUUUUAGACAUGUGGGCAAUAUUGCGAUUUGACCAUUUUCUUUUUUAAAAUUAAACCUAAAAAGACCAUACUGCAGGCUAAAUAGAAAGGAAAUGGUGAAAUCUUUUAUCAUUGCAAUAAGUCUGUCAGAGGUCAUGAAUUGUACAUGACAUGUUUGCUACUGAUGAGAGACCAAGAAUAGGUUUAGGGGUUAGUUAAGAAUGUGCAAUGUGCUCGACAGCCUGAAAAUUAAUUUUUAAAUGCUGUAGUCUUCAUUUCAUUCUAAAUUUCAUUUUUAAAUACUUCUCCUGGGCUCAACCUGAGAAGAGUCAGUCCUACACUUGUGAGCACCUUUACUUUUGACAUUUAUGUAAGUUGUUUUAUAUAAACCAAGUUCAAAUUUACAGAUAGGAACAAUAUAGAAGUCCCACUGUUUACUGUAGGCUUGCUGCACCACUGCUGCAUUAAGGCUCCAUCUGCAUACUUCACUAUUUGUCAGAGCAUGCACAAAAGCAAACAAAAGUUUGCUCUGCAGUUGGAGGUUACACUGAAUGAUAUGGUAACUAGUUGAAAAGAUUUGGUAUUUCACUGAAAAAGUAAUUGUAUGCAUUAUCAAUGUGGAAUUACUGUAGUAUGAAGCAGGGGUGAGGGGACUUCUCCAAAGGCUGUCAGUAUAACUCCUAAAAACAAAUGUAACGCACAAGUCAAAUGUUGCUUAAAAGGGCUAUUCUGUUCCAUAUGUUGUAAUUGUACUAAUUAAAGUGUCUGUGUGA